UAUUUGGGUUUUGAAACAGUUUUUGGGUCGGAAAUCGGCAAACAUGAGGCUGAGUACGACAAUCUGGCAGCGUCCCGUGACAUACCUACACCACAGGAGAGAGAACACCCCCGCCAUGGCUGAGUUCGAGUGGCCUUGGCAAUACAGCUUCCCGCCCUUCUUUACGCUGCAGGUCAACGCAGACGUACGGAGGACCCAGCUUGAUGCGUGGUGCUCCUUGGUGACGGCAUGGGGCAAGAACUGUGGGGUGAGCCAGAUCGACGUGACCGAGGCGUCUAAUCUGGAUGUGUUUAGGAACCCAGCCAUCAGCCGAGCCUUGCCGCCAGAUGCCAUCCAGGUGGUUUUGGACGAGCUGGUGCGACGCGGAAACCUGGAGUGGAUGGACAAGACCAAACGGAGAGGGUAUCUGCUGUGGCGGAGUCCUGGUGAGUGGGGGCAGCAGAUAUACAGCUGGGCGCAGGCUUCGAGUCGCGUCAACACCGUCUGCACCCUUUACGAGAUUAACCACGGUGACGAGACUGCCGGCCUAGACUUCCACAACCUGGACAGCGACAUCAUGCUCAAGGCUCUUCGCUCGCUGGAGGUGGCGGGGAAGGCGGAGCUUAUCGAAUUUGGCGACAACCAGGGCGUAAAGUUCCUCUGAGGCCUUGUGUGUAGGUGUGUGUGUGUGUGUAAGUGUGUUUGUGUGUGUGUAUGAGUGUGUGUGUGUGUGUGUGUAGUUCCCCAUUCCAAUCACUCGUAUGAAGGGGAAAAGAUGAUUAAAACUUGCGUGUAGGUGUGUGUGUGUUUUGUAUGAGUGUGUGUGUGCGUGUGUGUAUGAGUGUGUGUGU